AUGUCAGUGGAGGAAGGUUUUGCAACAAAAGCUAUACAUGCUGGACAGGAUCCAUUACAAUGGAAUCAUUGUGCAGUGGUACCUCCUAUUGUUAUGUCUACUACUUUCCGUCAAGAUGGACCUGCACAACAUAGAGGCUUUGAGUAUGGCAGAAGUGGCAAUCCUUCACGAAAUGUUUUGGAAACAUGUUUAGCUGCUAUAGAGAAUGGAAAGCACGGUUUUGUAUUUGCAUCUGGUUUAGGUGCUACAACAGCAAUAACUUCAUUAUUAAAAGCAGGAGAUCAUAUUAUAUCUGGGGAUGAUAUUUAUGGUGGAACGAACCGCUUUUUCCAAAAAUGUUUGUCCACACAUGAUAUUCAAGUAACAUUUGUAGAUGCAACCAAUAAAAAUAAUAUUACAGCUGCCAUUAAGCCAAACACAAAGAUGGUUUGGUUGGAGACUCCUACAAACCCAUUACUUAAGUUAGUUAAUAUUACAGCCGUAACUAAAAUACUCAAGACUAAGUAUCCUCAAGUUAUUGUAGUGGUAGAUAAUACUUUCCUAACAUGUUACUUCCAGAAGCCGUUAGAACUAGGUGCAGAUAUUGUAAUAUAUUCUCUAACAAAAUACAUGAAUGGGCACUCUGAUAUAAUUAUGGGUGCAGCAAUAACCAGUAGAGAUGAUAUUGCAGAGAGGCUUCGGUUUUUACAAAAUGCCCUGGGCAUUGUACCAUCACCUUUUGAUUGUUUUAUGGUUAAUCGCAGUCUAAAAACAUUAGAGCUCAGAAUGCAGCAACAUAUGAAAAAUGGAUUAGUUGUUGCAGAAUUUUUGGAGUCUCAUCCUUACGUAGAAAAAGUGAUUCACCCAUAUUUUUCGUCACAUCCACAGCAUAAGCUUGCCCUUAGGCAAACGUCUGGUCAUAGCGGAAUGGUUUCAUUUUACCUCAAAGGUGAUUCUAGGAAAUUUUUAAAGGCGUUAAAAUUGUUUACAUUAGCAGAAUCGCUAGGUGGUUAUGAAUCGCUUGCUGAAUUACCAUCCGUUAUGACGCAUGCAUCAGUUCCUGAAGAAACUAGAACAGCCUUAGGUAUUAAUGAUCAAUUAAUCCGUUUGUCUAUUGGCCUCGAAACAGAACGAGAUAUUUUGGCUGACCUUGAUCAAGCACUUAAAGCUUCUCAGUAAAUUCACUAGAGACGAAGAGCGUACAAAAUUAUAAAACGCGUUGAGUUUCUAAUUCUUACUUCUUAAAACAUCAAAGCAUUUGAUCUUUAGCAAAGACUUAUUGUUAUUGAAAUUUUACCAUUCCUAAACAAUGCUAUUGAUGAUAUUACA